AUGCCAGACCUUUCUCAAAUUUCAAAGAAUAGUGAACAAUUAAUGCAAGAAAUCUUUCCCGCCAAUUUCAUGUCCAAGGAAAGCAUUGACACAGACUCACAAGAUGAUUCAUUGUGGAUGGAUGAGUUGUUGAAUUAUAUUUGUGUGCACUUGUAUCCUAGUUUUGGAUUGGAUGAAAGGAUCCCUGAUGGAUUGAGUAAUCACUUACCAAUGGUCUUGUCAGCUCUCUUUCACAUUAAGGCAAAUUUCGAACAACCAAUUAUUAAUAGAAAGGUGUAUUUGGAGAAUGUGAAUCAUCACUUGAAGAAACUUGUACCAAUUGAUCCUAAUGCUAAAUAUCAAAACACAGAAUUGAGAAAAUGGGAAGAAGAAACCUAUCAACCUUUUCUUUCUCAAUUGAAAAAGGACUUUUCAAAGGAAAGACUCGAUCAUUUCAUUAAGGAAGAAUUAAGCUGGAUUUUCGAUAAGAUUUUCAUGGGAAGAAUUAGUGUGAAUCGUCCAGAUUUUCUCUUCUAUCGUAGAUUUAUGCACAUUCUAGUCUAUUUACACGUCAUUCAACACGAUCAAUCUAAAGUCAUGAACAGUUCCCAACAAGGUGAUUCAGAGGAAGAAAUUCUACCAAUGCACUUGGAGAAGGAACUGUUCGAGAAUAUCAUGUCUCAUGAAUCAGUUGUUGAAUUGCUAAGUGGAAUUUCUGGAGGAGCUUUUCAUCCAAUCAUCUUGUUAGGUUAUUCAAUUCUCCAAAAUUUCCAUACCUUGAUGGUUGUCAAUUCAUUGGCCUAUCAAGCUUAUUCCUAUCAGAAUAUUGAACCAAAACUUGAAUCGUUGGGUAAGAAAUCACUUUCAGAUGAUUCAAAACCUCAAAGCUUACUUGAAAUUCUUCAAAGAACAGAAAAGAAUCAUCCAGAAUAUCUGACCGAUGAGUUUAGACAAGAUUUAUUAAAAAAGGGAGGAUUCUUGAUUCAUAACUUGAUGAGAGAAGCUCGUGAUGUAAUUGAUCAGAAAGAAUUUGCAGUACAAUGCUCCAUGAUAUUGGGAGAUCAUAAUCAAUUAUUAUUUGAAUUGGAGGACCUUUGCCAAGCUGCUUUGACCUUAUAUUUGAAGUGUGACAAGAUGGACAUUGCUACCCUACAUGCUAUCACAGGAUGUUUUGCUGUGAGAUUAGUUUCAGAACAUGUCAAAAAUAAUGUUGUGAAGCAAUCUCUUAUAGGCUAUUUAUGGGAGAGUGUCAUUCUAAUGUACAUUAUUCUUGGAGGAACAAAGGCUUUGAAUCAGGAUUUCAGUGAUUCCAUUCCUGAUUGGAAAACAAUAAUAUCUCAUUUAGAAAAGGAUGUUGAAGAACAUGAUAUCAAGCUGGUUUAUACUUGUUGUGAAGAAGCAAAAGUUUACCCCAAGUUGGAACAUUUAUAUAGAAAGAGUGCUGCCAAAAGACUAAAACUCUUAAAUAAUAAGCAAAGCCAAUAA